UGCUGAUAUCGGAUCCAGCACAGGGCCGGUGAUUGUCGCGCAUGAAACCGGAGAGAGCAACAGUGGAGCGGCUGUGAUUUCUGCGCUCCGUCGCUGAUUCCCCGUGUGCCAACUCAUCAGAGCACACGACACCCGCAGCAUAAUCCGCUUCAGCAGGUUUGAACAAACACCCUCCAGAUGAUCAGCACAAGAUGCCAGCAGCUGAACAACUAGACAUGGAGGUGAUGACCCCUCUGAUGGAGGAAGCAGGAGGUGAGGAGGAGGAUGUAGACAUAGAUGAAGAUCCAGAACAUCUGCCGCAAGGCAUCACGUUUACUCAAACCCUGCUGCAUCUCUUAAAGGGGAAUAUCGGCACAGGAUUGCUUGGGCUUCCUCUAGCAGUGAAGAAUGCUGGGAUAGUGCUCGGUCCAGUUAGUCUGCUUCUGAUGGGCGUUGUGUGUGUCCACUGCAUGCACAUCCUGGUCAACUGCAGUCAUCAGGUCAGUGAGCGGUUGAAACGUUCCCCCCUCGGUUACAGCGACACGGUUGCAGUUGCCAUGGAGAUGAGUUCCUCCCAGUGCCUGAGGAGAAGUGCUCAUUUUGGGAGGCACUUGGUGAAUUUCUUCCUGGUUUUGACCCAGCUGGGCUUCUGUAGUGUUUAUUUUGUGUUCCUGGCUGAGAACAUUAAACAGGUGAUGGAGGGAGCUCAUCUGAACAGCUCUGUGGAGACUGUGCUGAUACACUCCAACAGCUCAGAGGAGGGCGCCGUGGCUACAGGGCUGGACCUGCGGCUCUACAUGGUCUUCCUCCUUCCCUUCAUCAUCGUUCUGACCUUCAUCAGAGACCUGAGGAACAUGGCCGCACUUUCCGCCAUCGCCAACCUCUGUAUGGCUGUCAGCCUCCUCCUCAUCUUCACAUAUAUACUCAACGAUGUGAGUGAUCCCAGACGUCUGCCGUACGCCUCCACGUGGAGGAAGUUUCCCUUCUUCUUUGGAACAGCCAUAUUUGCCUUUGAAGGAAUUGGAGUGGUUCUUCCAUUGGAGAAUCAAAUGAGGGAACCGAAGCGAGUCCCUCAAGCCCUCAACAUUGGCAUGGGCUUCAUCAUGAUCCUCUACGUGACCCUGGCGACGCUGGGAUACCUCCGCUUCAGAGACGACAUCAAAGGAAGCAUUACGCUUAACCUUCCACAUGACUCCUGGUCUAAUCAGUUGGUGAAGGUCUUGUACUCGUUCAGUGUGUUUGUGAGUUUUGCGGUGCAGUUUUUCGUGCCGGCAGAGAUUCUGGUUCCGCCCGUGUGUGGACGCAUCAGGAAGAGCUGGAGACGGGUGGCUGAUCUCAGCCUGCGAGCGCUGCUCGUCUGCCUCACCUGCAUAACAGCAGUCUUGAUACCGCGGUUAGAUCUGGUGAUCUCAUUGGUCGGCGCGGUGAGCAGCUCGGCGCUGGCGCUCGUCUUCCCUCCGCUGGUGGAGCUGGUGGCGUUUCCCAGCCAACCUCCUCCUCCUCUCGUGCUCUUCAAAGACCUCUCCAUCGCUGCCUUUGGCUUCAUCGGCUUCCUGUCUGGAACCUACGUGACGCUGGAGGAGAUCAUUUAUCCCGACGACCAAGGACAGACCCGUCUCCAUGACAAUGGGAGCUGGGCCACACCCACUACCUCACCGCCCUGAAGACCACACCCACAAAGAAAAGGACCAAUCAAGGCACAGUUUCCAUAUUUAAAGGGCACAGUGUCAUUUCUGAAUACUGUAACAGCACAGACGCUUCUUCCUGUGACUGUGGCUCUGGGAUGGAGAGCUUGUCUUAUAGGGUUUGAGGUGUUUUUUCUUUUUUCUGUCAUUUUUCAUUCCACAGGCACAUGCCGAGGUGUGCGCCUGUAGCGCGGAUGCAUGUGUGUGUGAGUGAGUGAGUGAUGGUGUGCGUGGGAAAUAUUUCCUCCAUACAGGCUUUAUGGACUUUCCAUGACUUCACCCUGUUCUAGAUGGAAUGGGUUUUACUCCAUCAGGUCGCUGGACCAUAUAGCAUGACGGGCCGUCAGCUUUUAACACUGCGGGAGAGCGCCAGAGAAAUAUUGCACACUGUAAAGAAUGUACAUACUCGC